AUGUCAUCUCCGUCAGAGAAAUCAUUCCAGCAACACGCAACCUCCGCCGAGAAGCAGCCAGGUCUUCAUCAACUACAACCAAGUGGUGCAUGCACUAGCUGGACUCUCCAAGAACGAGUGGCACGCUCACCCUGCCGCCCCGCAGCUCUCGUUGUGGCCGAGUUCUUCUUCAUAUUCACAUACGUAUAUAUCCUCUCAUUCGUCAUGUUCAACGAGAACGAACGAAAUAUGUACAUUGUCUUCAUAAUUGCGCUCAUGUCACAGGGCGUGGGAAAAUUGUGGAAAAAGUUCAGAAGCUGGCGGAUGAGAGUGACAUCCAGAGAUGAGGAAACUAUGAUUGGAUCCGUGGGUGGAGAUGAGAUGUCAGACGACGGGGCGGGCUUGGAGUCUAUACGGCUUGGAAAAGACGGAAAGUCCAGGGCCGAAGAGUAG